GCAAGUCACUGAGCCACAGUUACAGUUCCGCGAACAGGCAGGAGGAGACCAGUCAGUCAGUUCUACACAUCGUGUGCCCUAGAGAUUAGCAGAUGGCAGCGCAAUGCGUGACCAAGGUGGAGCUGAGCGUCUCCUGUGACAAUCUCCUUGAUAAAGAUGUUGGCUCCAAAUCGGAUCCUUUGUGUAUGCUCUUAAUGAAUUCUAGUGGUCAGCAGUGGUUUGAGAUUGAUCGGACAGAAAGAAUCAAAAACUGCUUGAGUCCCAAGUUCUGCAAAAAGUUUGUUAUUGACUAUUAUUUUGAGGUGGUCCAAAAGCUAAAGUUUUGUAUAUAUGACAUUGACAACAAAACGGUUGACCUAAGUGAUGAUGAUUUCCUGGGAGAGUUUGAAUGCACGCUGGGGCAAGUUGUUGCAAGUAAGAAAUUAACAAGGCCCCUUUUGCUUAGAAAUGGCAAACCUGCAGGAAAAGGAUCAAUUACGAUCUCUGCUGAAGAAAUAAAGGAUAACAGAGUUGCCCAAUUUGAAGUUGAAGCAAGGAAAUUAGAUAAUAAGGACUUCUUUGGUAAGUCAGACCCUUACCUGGAGUUUCACAAGCAAUCCGCAGAUGGCAGGUGGCAAAUGGUUCAUAGGACAGAGGUAAUAAAAAAUAAUCUCAACCCUGUCUGGAGACCCUUCAAGAUACCUCUGCAGUCUCUCUGUAAUGGAGACAUGGAUCAGAAAAUCAGGGUUGAAUGCUAUGACUAUGACAGUGACGGGUCACAUGAUCUUAUUGGCAUCUUUGAGACCAAUAUGUCCAAACUUAAGGAUGCCUCCCGCAAUUCACCUAUGGAAUUUGAAUGCAUAAAUGAAAAAAAGAAACAGAAGAAGAAAAGUUACAGAAAUUCUGGAGUUGUGAGUGUGAAACAAUGUCAGAUUAUAAAGGAGUACUCAUUUCUUGACUACAUUAUGGGAGGAUGUCAGAUGAAUUUUGUUGUCGGAAUUGACUUCACUGGAUCAAACGGUGAUCCCCAUUCACCAGAUUCCCUGCACUAUAUCAGCCCUAAUGGGGUUAAUGAAUAUCUGACAGCCAUCUGGUCUGUUGGGAUGGUAAUUCAAGAUUAUGAUACAGAUAAAAUGUUUCCAGCUUUUGGUUUUGGAGCUCAAAUACCCCCGAAUGGACAGGUUUCUCAUGAGUUCCCAAUUAAUUUUAAUCCAUCAAAUCCUUCCUGCCAUGGGAUUCAAGGAAUCAUAGAUGCUUAUCGCUUAUGUCUUCCUCAAGUGAGACUAUAUGGACCCACCAAUUUUUCUCCAAUCAUUAAUCACGUUGCUGGGUUUGCUGCUGCAGCUACACAACAACAGACAGCAUCUCAAUACUUUGUACUCAUGAUCAUAACUGAUGGAGUUAUAACAGACCUGGAUCAAACCAGACAAGCCAUAGUGAAUGCUGCAAAAUUGCCUAUGUCCAUCAUCAUAGUUGGUGUAGGAGGAGCAGAUUUUAGUGCUAUGGAGUUUUUGGAUGGUGACAAUGGAGGACUCAGGUCACCCUCGGGAGAGAUGGCUAUAAGAGACAUUGUACAGUUUGUACCUUUCAGGAACUUCGCAACGGCUCCAAAAGAAGCCCUGUCUCAGAGUGUGUUGGCAGAGGUCCCCCAACAGGUUGUCUCUUACUUCAGCACGUACAAACUGAAGCCUCCUAAGGACCCCGCUGGGAAGUAAUGAAGUGUUGAAGAGUCGCACUAUAACUUGUUAUUAUAUAUGUUUAACUUUCUGCAUAUAACAUUUGCCUUCUGUAAUAUAACUUACUAUUAGUUGUAUGCAAAUUUAUUUUAGGGCAGAUAAGUUAAAGCAUUUGAUGUUUGUACUAAUUAUAUGUAUUGCAAUAUAAUGUUUUAUAUGAGAACCUAAAUGAAUGUUAUGAUAAACCAUAUUAAACAACCCAGGUAGAAUAUUAAUGUUACAUUUGGUAAUUAUAAAUAUUAUUAUAAUCUUCUUAUUUCAUCUCGUUGGGCUUAUUUUUAUUUUUAUUAUUAUGAUUAUUAUUAUUAUCCCAUGAAGUGAGCUUAAAAGAUUCAGUUUACAAGUUACAUGGCUUUUGCCUUUUAAACCACUUGCACUUGGUGCUAUUACUUCCAGCAUGCACUCUUAUUGUUGCAAGUCCAUAUACAGUUACACAUAUAGCCUUGGACUAAUAAGACAUUGCCGCUUUUAAUUUCCUGAAUGGUAAACUAUAGUGAGAUAUAUAUAUAUAUAUAUAUAUAUAAAAUAACACACAUAUAUCUUUUUAUAUUGCACCAGUAAAGCUACUAUUCGGCUUAAUAUAAAAUAUAUAAGAAAAGGGCACAUUUCUUACAUGUCCUGGAAAAAAGCUUUGAAUAUAUAUAUAUAUAUAUACUGUGAGCAAUGAUAUUUUUGUCACUGUACAGCUUUAUGACUGAAUUUUAAACUGGCCGAUUUAAAUCAUAUAAAAGAACACUACAAAUUAGAAGCAUUGUUUUUAAGCUAUCUUAUUAUAGACCCAAAUAUCUGAUGUCCUCAGAUGAUUUAUUAUGAGGCUCAGCCAAAUAAUUAAAUUGUUAAUAUACAUAUUUAGAUGAACAUAGAUAAUAGUGCCAACAUUGUUUCAACAACUUAUAUAUAGUGUACGUAAGCUAUUAUAAUUGCAGUGUCAAAUGUAGCUCUUUAAAUAGAGAUAAAAGUCAAAAUGAAGCUGUCAUGUCUUAGAUAGAGAAUGCAAUAUUAACCCCUUAGUGACCAGACCAUUUUUCAAUUUUCUUUCUGUUAGAGACAAAGGCUAUUUUUACAUUUCUGCUGGGUUUGUGUUUAGCUGUAACUUUCCUCUUACUCAUUUACUGUACCCAUACAUAUUAUAUACAGUUUUUCGUGCCAUUAAAUGGACUUUCUAAAGAUACCAUUAUUUUCAUCAUAUCUUUAUAGUUUACUAUAACAUUUUUUUAUAAAAUAUGAUAAAAAUGUUUUGAAAAAAACACACUUUUUCUAUCUUUGACCCCCAAAAUCUGUUACACAUCUACAACCACCAAAAAACACCCAUGCUAAAUAGUUUCUAAAUUUUGUCCUGAGUUUAGAAAUACCCAAUGUUUACACGUUCUUUUCUUUUUUUGCAAGUUAUAGGGCAAUAAGUACAAGUAGCACUUUGCUAUUUCCAAACCAUUUUUUUUUCUUCAAAAUUUGCAUGUUACAUUUUAACAUUGAUAUAUGUCAGGAAUCCCUGAGUAACCCUCUACAUGUAUAUCAUUUUUUAGUAGACAUCCCAAAGUAUUGAUCUAGGCCCAUUUUGGUAUAUUUCAUGCCACCAUUUUACCGCCAAAUGCGAUCAAAUAAAAAAAAAUCGUUCACUUUUUCACAAACUUUAGGUAUCUCACUGAAAUUAUUUUCAAACAGCUUGUGCAAUUAUGGCACAAAUGGUUGUAAAUGCUUCUCUGGGAUCCCCUUUGUUCAGAAAUAGCAGACAUUUAUGGCUUUGGCAUUGCUUUUUGGUAAUUAGAAGGCUGCUAAAUGCCGCUGCGCACCACACUUGUAUUAUGUCCAGCAUUGAAGGGGUUAAUUAGGUAUAUUGUAGGGAGCUUGAAGGGUUAAUUUUAGCUUUUAGUGUAGAGGUCAGCCUCCCACCUGACACAUCCCACCCCCUGAUCCCUCCCUGACCCCUCUCAAACAUCUCUCUUCCCUCCCCCACCUCACUAUUGUCACUGCCAUCUUUAGUACUGGCAGAAAGUCUGCCAGUAUACAAAUAAUUUUUUUUUAAUUAUAUAUUUUCUGCAUUGUAGGAUCCCCCUUACCACCCAAACUCCCUGAGCCCCCCCCCCCCCCCCAAACAGCUCUCUAACCCUCCCUCCUCUAACUAUUUGCCACCAUUUUGGGUACUGGCUAUUUGUCAUUAAGUUACAGUUUUAGUAGGACGUACCCUGUACAUCCUUAGUCCUUAAGGGUUUAAAAAAAACAAGAACUUUGUUUUACUUUUUAUCAAAUUUACUUUGUUCUCUUGGUAUCUUUUGUUGUCUUGAGCACUAUGUGGCAGCAGUCAGGGACACCAUCAGGGGGUAAAAGGGGUCACUGGUGUCAGGGGCUUGUGGCUCAGGAUGCCUGGCACCAGGGCUGAGCUAAUGAUAGUGCACUGGUAGUUGUCAUACUGGCAGUGAUGGAAAAAACAUUCAGCAGCAGCUGGACAACUAAGCAUAAAAGUUACUUACCAGUUGCCAAGCCGCUGCUGUUUAUUCCGCCAUCACAGCCAGCCAGAGUCCCGAUUGGCUGACUGACCUCCAAAAGUGUGAUGUCACACCUCUACCAGCAGUUAUCUUCUUCCCCAUCACACACAUUUUUCUAGGAAGAAGAUGGGAUAGCUACAGACAAGCCUGUAGUCUGGAGUGAGGGAGAUUGUGAAGACAUAUUAAAUAUUUGUGUUUUUUUUAUUAUUGACUUUCUGUUUUUGUCACAUCUUUGAGUUGAUAAAUCUUUGAGUUUCAGAAAUCAAAUCAGAUUUUUUUUAAUAAAGCUGGCACUAGAGAGAGCAUUGUUCUAUGUAAAAAAGUAAUAAUCUUUUUAACAAACAAAAUGAUGGUAGAAAAUGGGCUGUUAUAUCUUUUACAUAGUAAUUCUGCUCUCUACAUUUUCACUAUGGCACUGGUUCCUAAACAAAUAUACUGUUUGCAUUUAGCAUUAGUGAACGUCUCCAUGAGAGACUUGGUCAAGUCUGAUUUAGACAUUGUCCUAAGUAGGUUGGCAGCAUUUCUUUUGCUUAGGUGGCGCUAUAUGCCAGCAGUUCUGCAAGAAUGUUAUCCAUUUGCAAGACCACUAGAUGGCAGUAUUUUUUCCUGUCAUGUAGUGCUCCAGAUGGCUACCUAGGUAUCUCUUCAACAAAAAAUUACCAUGAGAAUGAAGACAAUUUGAUAAUUGAAUUAAAUUGGAAACUUCUUGUUUUUUUUCAAUUAUAAAAUAAAAUGUUUUGGUUUCAUAUCCCUUUAAAGGGACAGUAUACACCAAUUUUCAUUUAACUGCAUGUAAUAGACACUACUAUAAAGAAUAAUAUGCACAGAUACUGAUAAAAAAAUCUAGUAUAAAACAGUUUAAAAACUUACUUAAAAGCUCCCAGUUUAGCUCUGUUACAAGGAUUAGCUAGAACACCCAUUGAAAGUGGGAACUAUUCAGACCCUCCCCCUUCCUCUGCAUAUUAAAAGACUCUUUACACAAACAGAAGCAAGCUGGAGUAGGUAUACAUUGGUAUUCUCAUAAAACUUCAGGGCUUGGUUAGGACUCUGAAAAUCAGUGCAAUGUUAUUUAAAAAUAAGCAAAACUAUACAUAAAAACAAACAAACUGUAUAGGCUAUAUAAAUGGAUCAUCUACAAAACAUUUAUGCAAAGAAAAUCUAGUGUAUAAUGUCCCUUUAAGUCUAACAGAAUAUCCACAUUACUAUGUACAUCUCUUUUCUAUGUAUAACUUGGGACAAGAUACAAACAGGAAAACAAAUAUGUUUAAAAGAACUGCUUAAAGGGACAGUAUACUGUAAAAUAGUUUUUCCCUUAAUGUGUUUACAAUUGCUUUUUUUACCAACUGCAGAGUAAAAAAUGUAUGAAAAUUAGCUUUUUAAGGUUUAUUUCUGUAUAUUAAAGCUCUGAUUUUGUGUUUUGAAGCCACAGCCUAAUAAAAUAGGUUGAGCUUGUAGGUAUAAUCCGAUCUCAUUACUGUAUCACAUUGUGCACAUAUACCUGCUUCUUUAUCUUAUAUCUGUCCUUAAAACAAUCACCAGUACUUUGAGAGAACAAUGGAAAAUAAACAUUUUAUUACCUUAUCUCUGCUUUAACACACUGGGAGUGUAAUUUCUUCUGCUGGCUGUGUUUACAAAGCUUAUCUAUAGCUGGUACGUGCGGCCACAAACUUUCAGAAUAGGUGGGGAUGAUACAUGCUAAAUUAACAAUUUCAAAUGCCAAUAUAAGGGUAAAGGAGCUACUUGUAAACAAUUUAAUACUCUCCAGCAGGUAAAGUGGAUCAUUGGGAACAAAUUAAAGGGGAGAAACAUUUUGAGUAAACUGUCCCUUUAAUGCAGAGAUGCAUUUUCAUAGGAGGAGGAAUAAAUGUAAAGAGGAUUAUUGUAAUUUGUGUGUGGGAGGUCAUUUUAGUGCUUAAAAUAAAAUCACAGAGAUCCAGCAGACAACACCUGUGCUGCCCAAUAUUUGUGCUGCUGUCCAAAAGACGCAUGCGUUUUUAGAAACGCCAGGAUAUCCGAUUUGAAAUGAUGUAGGGCUCACAUUUUUGAAUGACUCUAGCUGUUCUGCUGAUUUUCUCACUAACAACAUCAUACUGUUCAUUUAUAAGCUGAUUUAAUAGAGUAUUUUGAAUAGUAUUAAAAGAAGGAACUUCUGGUUUUAACCACCACUGUAGGAUAGAUUUCCUGGUGUUUUUGUGUGUUAUAAUAUUUGUAGACUUUGUAUCAGUUAAAUAGUGACCGGUUACAUAACAAGAUAAAGCAAAUAGGUUAUGAGCAUUAGGUCUCAGCUCUGCACUGUGAUUGCGUCUGACGUCAAACUGUAAAGAUAGUAACACACAUACGCAGAAAUACUCGCACUUACUUGCCCAAAAAUUGCACAAGAGCGAGAGGGGGCCCCUGAUUUAAUGGAUUAGUAAAGUUCAAGUGGUGGCCCUAGCCGCAGUGUUUGAAAUGUUAUACUGCUUCCAUAUAGUUCACCAGACACAUGUAUGCGCCUGAGACUUCCAAGGUAUGAUCUUUAACAAAGGAUACCAAAAGAACAAGGUCAAUUAAAUAACAGAUGUUUACUAGAAAUAUUUGUAUUAUUAUUAUGUAUUAAAUUGUUUGCUCUAUCUGUAAUGAACGUUACAUUUUUACUUUCAUGUCUCUUGAUGUUAAAAUGUAAAAGUGCCUUAUGUAUAUGUUCAGACUGAGUUUUUCAGUGUAUCUCCCUCUGGUAAACAUUAAAUUUAUUCCUUUAUUUCAUUUAUUAAUUUCUUUUGUUACUUUAAAGAAAAAAAAAGUUAUAAAUGGUAAUUGAUUCUUUUAUAUGUAUGUUUUGUAUUUGACCGCACUGUAGUAACACAUUUUGCAUUUUAUAUGUAAUUAUAGCUUUUUUUUUCUUGUUUUGUAUUUUAAUUCUUUGAAAAGUAAGUUUAUCAUCUCUUAGCAGAAGAGCGCUGUACAACAACAAAAUAUUUGCACGCAGAGCGGUUAGUCCUUAGCGUAGCUUCAUUGUAAACUUCUAAAGAUAAUAUUCUUGCACUUUUUAAAAUUCUAUUUAUAGAAGGUGUUUGUUACAUACAUAAAUAGACAGUGAUGAUGACAAUAAACUAAAUAUAUUUAACCCAUA